AUGGACGAGACACCGGGGCCUCUGCCCUCCAACCACGCCGCUGCCCUGGCCGCCGCCUCUACUGCCCACUUCCUGUCGAGCCACUUCGCCUCCGUCGACACAAUCUCGAGAUCCAAUUCCCCCGGCCCGCCGUAUACCAAGACCGACGAGGAUGACAAGAAGCGGUACCGUCCGCGCACCUUUAGCUACUUCAACCACCUGCCCUUCCCCGUCGAGGAAGAAUCACAGCGUGACGCGGCUCUGGCCGGUAUCCUGAAGCAGCUCUAUAUCGCCAUCAAGGCGGAAGAUUUCAGCCCCGGCGCCCUGCAUUGGACGAGGGAGCUGACGGGAUGGCUAAACCUCAAGUUCGAGAUGACGCGCGAGCUUCGUGCCACCCUGGCCAAGCUCUACUACCACCUCUGCCUCGCUCCUGGCCUCGAGCCGAGCACCGCCGACCGCUUCCUGCGCAUGGUGGUCAUUCUGACGAGGAAAUACCACUACCUGAAACCCGUCGACGACCUACUACUCGAUUGGCGUCCGCUCUGGAGGGAGAUCAAGGCCUUGGUCCUGCCGUCAGAGGUCGCUUCGCACCAGACAAACCGUCGCCGCUCUCAGAAGCAGCUGUGGAAGUUGUGUCUCCAUGCCCAGACCUACUUCGACCCCAAAGACCGCAAGGAGAUGCUCGAUGAGUUCCUCCCUUACUUUAGCACAUCAGACGUCUCCAAUGCCUACAUUGUCGUCGGGACCAUCAACGCGCUGCUCCCCACCGACGUCGCCCCCGCGUCGGUGCCGUGCUCCCAGCCGCAGGAGUUCAUGCCGACGCUGUUCCACCUCUGGUCCCUCAUUGCGAGAUCCAAGAGCUUCGACGUCUUCUUUAUCGAUCUCUACUCCCGCAUGGCUCGCGACUUUCUGCAGGCCUCCAACACGCCCUUUGAUGCCCAUGGCAUCUUCACGCAGGAACAAUCGGAUUGGAUAUUCACCGCCAUCCUCCGCCUAACGGAGAUCCCGGUUGGCCAGGCCAACUCGCCGUAUUCGACUCUAGACUACUCGUCAGGUCUGGGUCUGUAUCUCGAAAAGGACAAAAAGAAGUACCCCACGGCGUACAUGAUCGCCAGGUGGAUUGUCUACUCUCUGUCUCCCAAGUGUCUGGAGCAAGAGAGCUCCAUCCUGGCCAGCCUCGAAGGUCUGCUUGAGGCCAUUGACACCUUCUACCAUCCCUCCAACGUCGGGUCAUGGACGACAUUCCUGGGCCAGUUCACCGUCUAUCUCACAGAUAUCUUCGUCUCUCGCUGGAAUCGCGAGAAGAGCGGUGAGCUGGAUACGCCAGAGGACCGCAAGAUCACACCUGCCCUGAAGCGCCGCUUUGUGUCUGCCCUCAAGGAGGUUACCUACAUGGGCUUGUUCUCCAAGAGCAACAGGGUAGCUCACUACUAUUACGCCUCGCUCCAAGGCCUGGCCUACCUGGAACCCAACCUGAUCUUGCCCGGGGCUCUGCAGCGCUUCUAUCCCAGUUUGCAGGGUCUCGUCGAGGUCCACCGCACGACGUCAAGUUUGAACGGCUUGCAGAUGAUUGCCAAUGUCAUGUCCAAGACCAAGGGUUUCCGCUGCCACAUUACCGCUCUUCUCGCGCUCGCUCUGCCCGGUAUCGACGCCAACGAUCUGGGAAAGACGCAGUACACCCUCAACUUUAUCCAGAGUGUGGCCUACAGCAUCCCAAUGGUGCCUCUUACCAAGGACGGCGACUCCGUUCACGGCACCGCCUUGGCCAUGGAGUGGGUGCAGGGCGAGAUGGAACGCAUGGAGCGCGAGGGUCAAGACAUUAAGCUUGAUUACGAAACGGAGCUCUCCGACGAGGAUGAGGCAAACAUUCUCAGGUCUUCCACAGCGGGUCUCGGCGAGUUUGUCAUCGCCCUCCUCGGCAAAGUCUUCACCCUUUUGGAGAACUUGCCGGACGCGUCCCACAUCAGGGGAGGCACACCAGAGGACAAUGUCAUUAAUGCGCUGCCGGCGGCCCUCUCUCCCCUCUUUGCGUCGCUUUCGCCAGAGCUCUUCGAUACGGCCCUCGAGAAGCUCUCUUCAUUCGUCUCAACGCACGUUGUGCACCAGGCGAGAGACGCAAUGGCUUGGAUCCUAAACGCACUGUGCAAGGUCAACCCCGAAAAGACCCUCAAGGUCUUCAUCCCCAUGCUCAUUGUCAACAUCCGUAACGAGAUUGACUUCAAUCAUGCUGCGUCAGACCGGAGCAGCGGUACGGACUACCUGCCCAGGGACCGCGCCCUUGUGUGGCACGUCAGCAUGCUCGGCAUGGCUGUCGUUCAUGUCGGUAACGAGGUCUUGAAAUACCAGACCGAACUUCACGACAUCGCAAAGUAUAUGCAGGAGAAGUGCCGUGGUCUGCCCACCAUCCAUAUUUCCAACUACAUCCACCACCUUCUACUGAACCUUACGCACACGUAUCCCAUCGACACUGCGUUGUACGAGCCCGACAUCAUCGAGCGGGGACUCGAUGUGGCCGACUGGGGAAAGACGACUUCCCCUGCUGACUUGACAAUCAAGUGGCACCGACCAUCCGCGGGCGAAGUGCAGUUCGCCGUGGAGCUGUUCGAUUCGCAGACCAAGGCGGCGGCGCGGAAACUGGAUCUGCUCAUGAGCGAGAACCCCCCCGUAAGCCGGAAGGGAAAGAACAAGGAGUGGUCAGAUGAAGUCUCGAGACUAUUCCAGCAAAUAAGGUUGGUCAUUUCGGGAAUGGCGACGUUGUUCGACCCGCAUCGUGCUUCCGGCGAGAGCCCGAAUGGCAACACCGGCGUCGAUGACGAAGGCGACACCGCAAUGGACGACGAUGAUCCUCUUGCGGAGGCUGCCGAAGACGAGGAGACGCGACCUCAAUACCGCUAUGACGCUGGGUAUCUCCUGACUGACGAAGACCCUGCGUACCACAAGCUGCACGAGCUUAGGGAAGAUGUUGGACAACUCCUGUGCCGAAGUCACGAGUUCCUCAACCAAAACCAGGAAGACGACGUCUUCUGUUUCACCGCGCUCUACGCAGCCUACAGAACAUGGAUCACCGACGUCGGCAUCGAGCGAUCCGCCCAUCCGCUGGAGAGACAUCUCCGCCUUUACAAGUCAGACAUCUCUGCCUUUAAGAUCAGCGGUCUUCGAAAAGUGUAUCCACGACCACUGCUGAUCAAGCGCGCGGAUGCUUAUCAGCUUCUCCGCGUGAAACACAACGCAUCGGCACGGCAGAAGAGCGAGCUGGACAAGCAGCUCCUGUUGAAUCUGGCCCAGUCGUCCGUAUCUCCAUACGCCGAUGUACGGCGUGUUGCUCAGAACGCUCUUGACUCCUCGCUCAAGGCUCUCAUUGGCGGCCGGCCCCUCGUCAUCCCGAUCUUGCUCGAGAGGCUCCGGGUGGCGCUGGACGAGGUGGAUCAUGACCGUAUCAAGGGUGCCAUGUACACGCUGUUCUUCACGAGCUUGCUCAAGACCAUGGUCAGGGACUGGAGAUUUGCCCCGGAUGCCCUGCGACUCUACCUCCGAGCAGGCACCAUUGACAAACCCAGCAUCCAGCAGCUCGGUGCGACGGCACUCUUCCCUCUGCUGGACUUUGGCAAGCCUUUUGAGCGGAUGAUCAUCGUCAACCAGGACUUUGUCGAGCCGAUCCGCCCAACUGACGACUGCUCUCGCGCCAUUAGCAGCCGUCACAACUUCAUCGUCCAGAGGCGGGAACGCGUCGAGAAGAAGAAGGCUGCCCUUGGACUAGAGUUAACAGAGAUGGCAAAGGCCGCCCAUUGGAAGAUAGCGUCCCGUUGCGCCAUCUUCGCGAGCAACAUGUGCUUGCGGUUCGACACCCUCGCACCCCCGGAGUUCAUCGCUCUGGUGACGCAGGGCACAAACGAUACUCAUCCUGGACUGCGUGCGAGCUACAUGUCCGCGUUCACUUCCGUCUUCGAAGCCGUGGAGAUGCGCGCCGCUUACGACCACGACUACCGCAACUACCUGCUGGAGAAGGAGAAGGACCGUAAUAAAGUUACGGUUGAGGUCCCCAAGGGAGAUGCAGCCUUCACGCAGAAGUACCUCGAUGCGUUCGCCAGUCCCGAGAACGCAGAGUACAUGGUUGACUCGGACCACCCUGGUUGGUUGGUUUGGGGCAAAAAGUUCCUUGCCUCGCGCGCAAAGCCCAUGCCCUUCACCGACUACGAUGAGACGGAGACGGCAGUCAGAAAACAGAUUGGGGACAUGAUCACGAGGGAAUGGCUGAAGACGUGUUUCGAUUACCUCAAGCAGGAACCCCGCGAUGCGAACGCCGACAGGUUCCGCAUGGGCAAUGUGUACAUGCUGAUGCACGUGUUCGAUCUGAUGCACUACGGAGGAACGGCGAUCAAGCUAGACGACGUCAAGGAGCUUACCAUGGAGGUCUAUGGCGACGGCAGCGACAAGCACCAGCAUCGUGCCACAGCGGAGAUCGUGGCCGCGCUCUUGUGCGGAUCCAGCGAUGACCCCCCGACUUCCGCAACCAAGUCUGGGGAUUCGCUGCGCCUCUAA